AUGUGUGUGGUCUGCUUCGUGAAGGCACUGGUGCACUUAUUCAAGAUCUACCUGACAGCAAACUACACCUACAACUUCCGCGGCUGGCCUGUGGACUUCCGCUGGGAUGACGUGCGCGCCGCCGCCGCCGGGGCCACAGCGGUCACUGGGGGACUGACGUGCCCGGCGGCCGCGGCGGGCAUGUGGCUGCUGCGGGCGCGGCGCUGGGCGAAGACGAGCAGGGGCGGGGCGCGCAGCCAGGCGCAGUGCCUCCUGCAGCAGAUCCGUCAGCUGCCCGGCCAGCUCGCCAGCUACGUGAGGGCCUACUCAGUGGACCGCUGGCUCGUGUCCCCUGGCUCCAUGUUCCAGAUGACGCGCGCGCUGCUGCCGCUGCUGCGGCAGGGCCAGGAGUGCCUGGUGGACCGCUACCGCGGCCGGCGCGCCAAGCUGGUGGCCUGUGACGGCAACGAGAUCGACACCAUGUUCAUGGACCGCCGCCAGCGCCUGGGCAGUCAUGGCCGCGGCCUGCGCCUCGUCAUCUGCUAGGAGGGCAACGCCGGCUUCUAUGAGAUGGGCUGUCUGUCGGCGCCGCUGGAGGCCAGCUAUUCGGUGUUGGGCUGGAACCACCCGGGCUUCGGGGGCAGCACGGGCGCGCCGUUCCCUCAGCAUGACGCCGACGCAAACACCAUGGACGUGGUGGUCAAGUACGCGCUGCACCGCCUGCACUUCCCGCCCGCGCACGCGGUGGUCUACGGCUGGUCCAUAGGCAGCUUCACGGCCUCGUGGGCCACCAUGACGUACCCGGAGCUGGGCGCGCUGGUGCUCGAUGCCACCUUCGACGACCUCGUGCCGCUGGCGCUGAAGGUCAUGCCCCCCCAGCUGGAGGGGCUGGUGGUGCGCACGGUGCGCGAGCACUUCAACCUUUACGUGGCCGAGCACUUGUGUCGCUACCGGCCAGUGCUGCUGCUCCGGCGCACGCCGGACGACGUGGUCAGCACCUCGGGACCCCUGCGCCCCCUGCCGUCGGGCGACGUGGAGGGCCCCCGCGGCAACGAGCUGCUCCUGCGCCUGCUGCAGCACCGCUACCCCGCCGUGAUGGCGCGCGAGGGCCUUACUGUCGUGACCCGAUGGCUGCGUGCCGGCAGCCUGGCUCAGGAGGCCGCCUUCUACGCGCGCUACCGCGUGGACGACGACUGGUGCCUAGCCCUGCUGCGCUCCUACGGCGCGCGCUGCGAGCACCGGCAGGAGGACGAGGAGGCCUGGGGCCCGCACGGGCUCGCUUUCCCCUGGCUAGUGGGCCAGGGCCUGAGCCGGCGGCGGCGCUGGCAGCUCGCGCUGUUCCUGGCUCGCCAGCACCUCAAGAACGUGGAGGCGACCCACUGCAGUCCGCUGGAAACUGAGGACUUACAGUUGCCCUGGAGGCUGUAG